AUGGAGCCGUCCGCCCCCGUUAGACUUAGAGUGGACGAACAAAAGAAUUAUGUUUGUAAUUGUCUGUCAAUCGGUUUUCCGCAGACUCUCUUUCGACCCCCCAACCCCACCACCGCCUUGGCUACCAACCGAUCACCUCGCGCCCACAUCCAUCACCCCUGGGCCCCAGUGAUUGGCCUCCCCCUCUUCUUUACUAAAGCAAACACGCCCACAUGCAAGUGCGCAUGCCGGCUCGAGACUGGUCUCUUUGCUGGCCGGCCGGUUCGAAACCCUGCCUCGUGCCGAGACAUGUUAAACCUGCGCUGGUACAGCCUGAACUGGAUCGGACUACAACAGUGUCGGGUUGUGUUGACACGCGACAACUCAACUGCCGGUGAAAUGGCCACCGGCUUGUCGGCCGAAUGGGCGGAUGGACAGACGGAGGGAUGGACGGAUGCACACAAUGGCAGACCGGAUGAUGGCUUCUUGAUUUCGGGCUGGCCAAACAGGUUGCAAAUGAGUCAGUCAUGGCAUCGUGAUCGCGUUUGGUGUGCUCCCGGCCCCGGUGGGUCUGUUGACGGACCAACCCUCGACUCGAUGUGA